AUGGCAUUGACCCUCCAAACCGCCAUCAAGGGCUCGCCCUCCUCCGUCGCCGUCAUCAUCCCCUCCAAACUCACGCCUCUCACCAUCACCUACGCCGCCCUCAACUCGCACGUCUCUGCCUUCCAGGCCAAGCUCGCCGACCUCGGCAUCACCACCGGCGCGCCCGUGUCCAUCGCCCUCGUCAAUUCGUUCGAGUUCAUCGUCUCGUUCCUGGCCGCCUCCUGGCAGCGCGGCAUUGCGGCGCCCCUCAACCCGGCCUACAAGCAGGAUGAGUUUGAGUUCUACAUCGACGACGUCAAGAGCGCCAUCGUCCUCGUCCCCAAGGGCGCCUACGCUGCCAACGCCGCCAGCGUCAAGGCCGCCAAGAGGUUCAAUGCCGCCGUCGCCGAGUGCUACUGGGACGCCGCCAAGGGCGAGAUCGCGCUCGACGUUAAGGACCUCGGAGGUCUGAAGGGUAAGAAGGAGAAGCUCUUGCGGGCUGAACCGGAUGACACUGCUCUCAUCCUGCACACGAGCGGAACGACGUCUCGACCCAAAGUGGUUCCCCUGUCUCAUCGGAAUUUAGCCAGAACCAUGCACAACAUUGAGCAGACUUACCAGCUCACACCCAGCGACCGCACCAUGCUAGUCAUGCCGCUCUUCCACGUCCAUGGCCUCCUCUGUGGUCUGCUGGCCCCCCUCUACACUGGCGGCUCCAUGGUGGUGCCUCCGAAGUUCUCCGCAACUGAGUUCUGGGGUGACUUCAUCGCCCACAAGGCCAAUUGGUAUACGGCCGUUCCCACCAUCCAUCAGAUCCUCCUCAAGAACCCGACCCCGAGCCCCAAGCCGGUCAUUCGGUUCAUCCGCUCCUGCUCCAGCCCUCUCUCUCCCACCGUCUUCCAGAAGCUGGAGGAGACGUAUGGCGCCCCCGUGCUCGAGGCGUACGCCAUGACCGAGGCGUCGCAUCAGAUGACAUCAAACCCUCUGCCUCCUGCCCAGCGAAAGCCUGGCAGCGUCGGCCUUGGUCAGGGCGUUGAGGUCAAGAUUCUCACCGAACAGGGAGAGGAGGUGCCCCAGGGAAGCGAGGGUGAAAUCUGCAUCGUCGGUGAGAAUGUCACCAAGGGUUACCUCAACAACCCGGAGGCCAACGCCUCGUCCUACCACAAGAACGGCUUCUUCCGAACUGGCGACCAGGGUAAGAAGGACGAGGAUGGCUACAUUAUCAUCACGGGCCGCAUCAAGGAGCUCAUCAACAAGGGCGGCGAGAAGAUCAGCCCCAUUGAGCUCGACAACGUCCUGACGCGCCACCCCAAGAUCAGCGAGGCCGUCAGCUUCGCGAUCCCCGACGAGGUGUACGGCCAGGACAUUGGCGUGGCGGUGGUGCUCAAGAAGGACGAGCAGCUGACGGCCAGCGAGCUCAAGGACUGGAUGGAGGAGCGAUCCGCCAAGUUCAAGGUGCCCAAGAAGGUGUACUUUACCGACAUCAUGCCCAAGACGGCGACCGGUAAGAUCCAGCGACGCAUUGUCGCGGAGACGAUGAUGAAGCAGGAGACUCCCAAGGCGAAGCUGUGA